AUGGCUACUACCAUCAAUCGUUUGGAUUCCCAGAACCAAGGUAAAUUGCCGUCUCAGCCUGAAUUAAAUCCGAAGAACGUGAGCGCAAUGACCCUAAGGAGCGGGAAGGAAGUUCAGGGGCCCGAGCCUGUGACUCCUAAGGACAAGGACGAGGAACGAAUCGAGAAAGAGUUGGAAGAGGAGGGCGGAGACACCAAAAAUCCAAAGGUAACCUCGGAUCCAAUCAUUGCAGUUAGGAGUAAUCCACCUCCCUUUCCUAGCAGGUUAGAAAAACCAAAGAAGCAGGACAAGGAGAAAGAAGUCCUGGAGAUCUUUCGCAAGGUGAAGAUCAACAUUCCCCUACUGGAUGCGAUCAAGCAAGUACCCAGAUACGUAAAAUUUUUGAGGGACUUGUGUGUCAACCGAAGGCGGUUGAAGGGAGAUGAGACAGUGGUAGUGGGGGAAAAUGUGUCAGCAAUCCUGCAACGAAAGCUUCCACCGAAAUGCGGGGACCCAGGUAUGUUCACUAUUCCUUGUAGAAUAGGCAAUACCUUGAUUGGAAAGGCUAUGUUAGAUUUAGGAGUCUCAAUUAAUGUCAUGCCGAAAUCUAUAUAUGCUUCUUUGAAAUUAGGACCUCUGAAAGACACUGGAAUAAUAAUCCAACUGGCUGACCGAACCAAUGCAUACCCUGACGAAUUGAUUGAGGAUGUUUUAGUAAAAAUUAAUGAAUUGGUUUUUCCUGCUGAUUUUUACGUGUUUGAUAUGGAUGAUGAACACUCCCACGACCCAUCACCUUUAUUGUUAGGAAGACCCUUCUUGAGCACAGCUCGAACUAAAAUUGAUGUAAAUAAGGGCACCCUAUCUAUGGAAUUUGAUGGUGAGAUUGUUCAUUUUAAUAUUUUCGAGUCCAUGAAAUAUCCUUCAGAAUUACAUGCUGGCUCUGUUUUCUCUAUAAAUAUUAUUGACCCUGCUGUACGAGAAGUUUUUGAAAUUGAAGACAGUGAUGAGUUGGAAGUCGCCUUGACCAGGCACUUCGAGUCAGAUAUGGCGUCUGGAGUAGAGUUGAGUGAAGAGUUCAAAUGUGUGAUUGGAGCGUUGCAAACGUUGCCAACCACAAAAAUAAGGUAUGGUCUCGCACCCAUUUUUACACCUGAAUCUUACCAAAGGUUACUUCCAUCUGUGGUGCAGGCACCUGUGUUGGAGUUGAAACCGCUGCCGAAACACCUUAAGUAUGCAUACUUGGGUGAGGGGGAGACACUCCCGGUAAUCAUCUCCGCGAGUUUAUCAAAAGUACAAGAAGACAAAUUGAUUCGAGUUUUGAGAAACCAUAAGCAGGCGAUAGGAUGGACCAUCGCCGAUAUCAAAGGAAUUAGCCCCGCGAUAGUCCCUGGGUGA